GGUUAGGUUGCGCCCAGCUAGCAAGUGGGAGAGAACUGACAGCAGGAGCUUUAGGAUUCAUUUCAGAAGGGACCUAUAACCCCGUAACCGAGCCAGACGAUGGGCAAGAAGAGUCGUGUGAAGACUCAGAAAUCCGGGACGGCCGGGACGGCUGUUGUGUCUCCCAAAGAGAUGAUGAACCUGAUCUCUGAGCUCCUACAGAAAUGCAGCGCUGCAGUGCCAUCUCCAGGGAAGGAGUGGGAGGAAUAUGUCCAGAUCCGCACCCUGGUGGAGAAAAUCCGCAAGAAACAGAAAGGCGUGUCCGUGGUGUUCGAGGGCAGCAGGGAGGAUUAUUUCCCUGAGCUCAUGGCCUGGGCAGAGGACUGUGGUGCGUCCUGCGAGGGGUUUGAGAUCGCCAGCUUUGGAGAUGAAGGCUAUGGCCUCAGAGCCACCAGAGACAUCAAGGCUGAAGAGCUGUUCCUGUGGAUUCCCAGGAAGAUGCUGAUGACUGUGGAGUCGGCUAAAAACUCUGUACUAGGCCCGCUGUACGCUCAGGACCGGAUCCUGCAGGCCAUGGGCAACGUGACCCUGGCUCUGCACCUGCUCUGUGAGAGGGCGAACCCGGAAUCGUCCUGGCUGCCCUACAUCAAAACCCUGCCCUCGCACUAUGACACGCCCUUAUACUUCGAGGAGGAAGAGGUGCGCCACCUGCUGGCCACGCAGGCCAUUCAGGACAUUCUCAGCCAGUACAAGAACACGGCGCGCCAGUACGCCUACUUCUACAAAGUCAUCCAUACUCAUCCCAACGCCAGCAAACUGCCCCUGAAGGAUGCUUUCACCUUUGACGACUACAGGUGGGCCGUAUCGUCUGUGAUGACCCGUCAGAACCAGAUCCCUACAGAGGAUGGCAGUCGGGUCACGCUGGCCCUCAUCCCACUUUGGGACAUGUGUAAUCACACCAACGGCCUGAUUACGACCGGUUACAACCUGGAGGAUGACCGCUGCGAGUGUGUUGCUCUGCACGACUAUAAAGAGGGCGAGCAGAUCUACAUAUUCUACGGUACGAGGUCUAACGCCGAGUUCGUCAUACACAAUGGCUUCUUUUUCGAGGAAAACGCGCACGACCGGGUGAAGAUCAAGCUGGGAGUCAGUAAGAGCGAGAGGUUGUACGCCAUGAAGGCCGAGGUGCUGGCCCGCGCUGGGAUCCCGGCGUCAAGCGUUUUCGCCUUGCACUGCAGUGAGCCGCCCAUCUCAGCCCAGCUCCUGGCCUUCCUGCGUGUCUUCUGCACGACGGAAGAGGAACUCAGAGACUACCUGGUGGGUGACCACGCCAUAAAUAAGAUCUUCACGCUGGGGAACGCAGAGUUCCCCGUCAGCUGGGAGAACGAGAUCAAGCUGUGGACGUUCCUGGAGACGAGAGCCGCGCUGCUCCUCAAGACCUACAAAACCUCAUCAGAGGAAGACCGCUCCAUGCUGCAGAAACCCGACCUCUCUCCGCACUCCCGCAUGGCCGUGAAGCUACGUCUGGCCGAGAAGGAGAUCCUGGAGCGAGCCGAGGCCAGCAGCCGGGCCAAGCGUCUGCGCUUCCAGAAGCAGCUGGACGACGGCGCUCCUCUGCCCGUGUACGAGGAGAGCGACAUCGCGCUGUUGGAGAAUGCCGACGCCAAGUUGCCCAUCGUCCUGCGCCAGCUAGAGGAGGAGGAAGAUGACGAAGAGCUAAAGAUGCCGCUCCUUAACUGUGAACGAAAGGCGAAACCGAAGGAGAACGGAGGAGAGAAAGCAGAUCCGAGCGCACAGAGAACUGAGGAUACGUGCAAAGAUCAGGAAUAGCGAAGUCCGUCGCGGCCGCGGAUUCCUGCUCUUUAUUUAUUGAUUUGUUUUACGUGACUGACGAAUAGAAGUGAAAGCAAUCAAAAUGAAAAGUCUGUUGUGUUACUUACGGCUUUUUUUUUACAUUAUAUAUACAACAUAGAUGUGAAUAUUUCAAAUGUUGUACCAUGCCCAUGUUUUUGUUCUAACAGUGCCACCCACUCUGGUUUAUAUUUCGUUUUUCUGUUUAUUUGAAGCAGGUGGCUCCUCCCACUCAGGAGGAAAAAAAAAAAAAGACACUGGCUUGUUCAGGAUGACUCGGUUAACCCGAUCAGACGUCAUCUUGUUGCAUUUAUUAAAAAAAAAAAAAAAAAACAGUUUUGUUUUAACGUACAUAAUGUUUCCUUUUACCAAAAACUUCACACGUUUAGCGCUGGGAGCGACGAGGCUAGCUCAUAGCACUUGUGCAGUACCCAUGCUUUAUCUUUAAAAGGUUGAGAAACACGCUGUAGAUUAACAAUUUCAAACUCCAUCUUCAGCUGCGCGAGUAUGUUUAAAUUAAAAAACAAAGUUUCAAUUUGUAAAAUUCUAGAGAAUUUUUUAAGUGGUCCAUAUAACUCCAUAAAAAUGUCAUUGCGGCUGUGUUAGAUGGCUGCUUCAUAAUGUUGAUGUAGGAAUAAGUUAGCAGUAGUGAGCGUACCAUCCCUGCUGAGUGCUAGCUUUUAUAGAAUAGAAUAGCAGAAGCGUUUGCAAUUUUAUUAUUUUACUAAAACAGAGCUUCACAGAUUCAGAAGUCAAAGUUGCACUAAAUUAUGUACGUUCAUGUACACAACCUUGUACUUUGUUCGUAAAUAGUUUUUUUUUUUUCUGAUUGUAACUUUAUAGCUAAGAAAUCUGAAAAAUUUUAUCCGUCCUUAAAGCUAAACCGCAUCGUAUCGUAGCUUGCAUUACUUGUUAGCUACAUCGGCACUGGAGCUCAAGUUGAAACCUCAAACUUUUUGGUUGUUACCCAAAUCAUAACAACCCAAACCCUAAACGUGUUCUCUAAUCAGCUCCGUCUGGUCGAAGUGAAAAUUGUGUACGUUUAUUCUUUUCUUUCAUGGACCUGUUACCUUGCCGUAACGCUUGUUCAGUUAAAGCGUUUGCUAGACAAUCGUUUUCCUUUAUUACGUUCUGGAUCCUGCUUUGCUCCUGGAUUAAAUCCCUCCAACAACAACAAACGAAAAAGGACAAGGAAGUCGCUGAGAAUGUACUUCGGGGACGUUCAGUAUAUUUUUCUGAAAGCAGUAUAUAUAUUUUUUUUCUUUCCGUACGGAUUGUUGGCCAUACUCUGACCGAACCUUAUGACGGUUAGAUGCUCGAGACUUUACUGAGACGUAGUCUUGCUGUGAAUGUAGUUUGAAAUGCUUCAAUCUCUUCACGAAUAACUUCCUCGUGUGAACUUUCCUUGCACGAUUGCAGAAGUGAUCAUGUCUUUAGUGUUUAUAACAUUUGUUUAUUGACGUCAGGAGCCAAACUCCUCACAUCGCUAAUGUUUAUGGUUCUCUUAAAGCCUUAAAACAGUCUCCUGUGCAGGAAUUCUGCACUCGCAAGUCCCAAGGUUUUUCCUACAGUUGUUCUCAUUAGUAAUUUUAUAGAGUGCAUCUUGUGCAUUUAAAACGCAGCUCAAAUAGUGCUUUACAAAUGGAUUUAUGUAUAUAGAGCAAAAUAAAAUAAAUAUACUUUCCUUGAAGUGAGAGCAGAUUUGGUAAAAGAAUGUAAAACUAUGCUAGUCCAUAUUUUUAAAAUAAUUGUAAAAAGCGUAAUGAGUAAAAAGUUUUGAGCUGCUUUUUAAACGUUGCUGCUAAUGAACGCUGAUCAAUCAUAAGCGCCAGAACCACACAGAAAGGCUGCGUCACUGUUUUUCACUUUGGGGACGGUUGAAUAAAGUGUGAUGUGAAUGACGGCGUGUCAGAAAAGCAGAGGUGUAAGGAUAAGGUAAGCUUUGACAACAAUAAAAGACUUAAACCUGA